AGAGGCUUAAAGAGACUAAUCCAGUCCCUUCGGGUGAAGUUAUGGAAGUCCAAAGAGGGAAACAGACUGACCCAGGGUCACAAUACAGUGACACUGUUGGCCCAAGCGCUUUCCACCAAAACAAUUGUGGGAAAAAGACUAAGGAACUUCUUUUAAAGAAUGGAAAAAAUGCCACUGAGAGUGCUGUGGGCCUGUGAGGGAUUUUGAAGAGAGGAGAGAAGAAGAGGAGGAAGGCACUGUAGGAGCUGUCUCUUGCGCACGAUCUCUGUGGUCCCAGUUCCAGCCUUCAGUGCUCUCCAGAGAGGCUUCACUAGGGUUCUAGCUGUAGCCCUCCUGUCUGGCUGCCUCAUCCCUCCUCUCCCUCCCAGAGCCCAACUGCUGUCAUUUUGUGCCCUGCCAAGGAGGAGGGAACUGCAGUGCCAGCAGGAGUAAAAGGCAGGACAGAGUUGUGGGGCACGGAGAGGUAUGGAGAGGGAGAUGCUGAGACCAGGUGACAGUGAGACACAGAAAGAGGGCUGAAGAGCAGGGCAAGGGGUGUUGAGAGUCUGAAGGAGAGUGGAAACUGAAAGGAGCAGAAGAGGGCCGGCAGACAGGAAGACUCGGGGGUCACAGAGCCACUCAGCCAUGCUAAGAGCAAAACAACACUGGCUGCCAGGUCUCACACCCAACCCCAGGCUGUCCUUGGCCCUGAUGCUUCUGGUCCUGGGGAUCGGAUGGGCCCAGGAGGCAGCAGAGCCCGUCCUUCUGGAGGGCGAGUGCCUGGUGGUUUGUGAGCCCAGCAGAGCUGCUGCAGGGGGGCCCGGGGGAGCAGCUCUGGGAGAAGCACCUCCCGGAAGAGUAGCCUUUGCUGCGGUCCGAAGCCACCACCAUGAGCCAGCAGGGGAGAUCGGCAACGGCACCAAUGGGGCCAUCUACUUUGACCAGGUGAGCCUUAUGCUGAACACAUGGCCUGUCAUCUCAGCCUUUGCCAACGACCCUGAUGUGACUCGGGAGGCAGCCACCAGUUCUGUACUACUGCCCCUGGACCCUGGGGACCGGGUGUCCCUGCGCCUGCGUCGGGGGAACCUGCUGGGUGGCUGGAAAUAUUCAAGUUUCUCUGGCUUCCUCAUCUUUCCACUCUAAAGGCUCAAAGACAGGAAUCUAGCCCCUGUCCUCUGCCUUCUGCCCUCUCGUGUCCCAGAAGCAGCAUCUGUGGGGCAGGAGAGAGGCUCCCUCUGGCUGCCUGUAUUCCACCUCCUUGCAUGGGACCCUGUGUCAAACACCCAAGGUGAUGAAUAGAGCUGUGGUGUCUUGGGACCUGGCUGCUCUUACCCACCCCACGCCCACCCACCAAAAAAAUGUCCUCACAGCCUCCUACUGCAUCUCUUUGUGUCUGCAGCCCUCGGAUCAGGGGAAGGUUUGGCAAGUAGCGAGACUGAAGCUAUUGUAUAGACUUUGCUCCUCUCUCUUCCGCAACCCCUAGCCUCUCGCUUAGUGCUACUUGGGGACAGGUGGCAUAGGUAAACCUAACAGGCCCCCACAGGGGCCCAGAUGGACCAGCUAGGCAUACCCUGCAGGCUCCUUCCUGUGAGGAGUGCCAGCAUCACAGAUCUCUGCCAGCACAGUCAGGAACUGAGCCAGCACCAUAUGGGCUAGGGCGGGAGGCUCAGCCACCAGUAGAAGUGUGGAGAGGGCCACAGAGCAGCCCAGAGCCUACGGCUAAUAGGGCAGGAAGGGGAUAUGGGCCUAGCUUGAAUAAGGUACACAUUUUUCAUGUACAUUGGGGCAGCCAGCAAUCAGUGAACCUAGGUGUUCUUCUGUGCUAGGCCACAAAUGGACUCUGGCCCUCAUCUCCCCACCCAGGACAUGAGAUGUGUAUGUUUGCUCUGACUGAGAACAGGUAUAUGCUGGUUCCUUGGGCAGCUGUAGGUGAGAGUAGAAGGUCACCUGUAGGCAAGUGUAGAUUUCCAGGCAUGGAACACAUCAAUGACCACAGCCACCUCCUAAAACUGCUCCACCUUUGUAGUCUGAACUUCAAUCACUCCAUACCCUAACCACCACCUCCUUCCUCCCAGCUCUCUUACCUUGACUGUACCUGUUCCAGACUAUCCUACAACCUCUCUUCUUUUUCCUGAUCUGUGCUCUUAUCCUCCUUCUUAAAAUUCCUAUUACCUGGGAUUCCAUGAUUCAUCCUUUUACCCACUCUCCUGCCAGCAUUAUAAACUCUCUUACCUCGCUGUCCCUUUGGCCCAGCAUGGAUAACUCUAUCAAUAAAGUAACUAGAGAAUGAUGGUUAAUGAGACACUAUAGGAUUGCUAAAGAUAGAAGAUGCCACUACAGUUUGGAUCAGGGGUUACAGGAUAUGAGCAGGUAUGUCGCAGAGAAAAUAAAUGUAAAACUGUAUGUUAGAGUCAAAUAAAAAAAAAGAUUUAGUAAUGCUUGAGUUAAAUAGGAAAUACCAAUGUGAAUUUGUGGUUUUCAAAAGAAAUAACUUUUCCAAACUUUGUCACUAAAGUAUCAUAGAAACAACAUUAGAAAAAAUCUGAUAUGCAUCCUUAGCACCUAGAUCUGUGCCUCAAAUGUUAUUCACCUUUAAAAGGACUCAGGUUCUAUGGAGAAUAGCUCCAUAUCUUAAAAAAUUCUAGGUUUGGAACAUGUUGUUGAUGACAAAAAGCAAGGACACUUUUUAAAAUGUUUAAGGUAGAGUCAAAAAAGCAGAGGAACCAAUUUUAAAAGGCUGCCACCUGACUUUCUAUGACAAUUUGAUAAUCGAAAGGAAAAUAAUAUAGUUAAUUGGAACAAGGUGAAUUUUUUUUUAAUUUACGACUGUUAUUAUUCCAAAAGAAAAAAGUCAUUAUGAAGUGUGCAAAAAAGUAGUUAAUAUACUGAGUGAAGAAGAAUGAAAAUAACAGGAUAUUUUUAGUUAAUUUUGAUAAGUAGAAAAGUAUACGUAUAGUAGGUGUUUUAACUAUUCAUAAGGUACAUUUACUUUUCUUUAUCUGUAUAUGUAAGGAGGGGUGGCUAUACAGAGCUGUGAAUAAUUCCAGAAAAGGUUGGAACUGUACCAAGAAUGAAAGACUGAUCAGCACCAUCUGGUCAUAUAUUACAACUAAGAAGAAAGAAAAUCCAAUAGUGUGUUACAAGAUGAUGAAUUAGUCAAACGUCCAAAAGAUAACUGCUCACUGCUCAAACUUGAUCCUUCGUCCCUUGGGAAAGGGAGCCUUUAUAUUACCCUGCUAAUUAUAAUGAGAUUAUAGGACUAGUAAAACCUAAAUUAAUUGGCUUUAACAAGAUAGGUUAUUUCUGUCUCACAUAGAAGAAUCUGUAAAUAAAGAGUCCAGAGAUGGAUGGCA